AUGAAGGAACCUUUGUGGCAAUUUUGCGAAUCUUCACAACCUCUUCUCCAACGUUGUAUCGAAGCUGCCAACCGAAAUAGCAAUAUUAAUAAUAAGUGGUUAGAACAUUUUGGUACUAAAACUAUAACAAACAUUGAUAAUGUAGAAAAAAUGAUUGUAGAUGAGGAAACUGAAAUGAAUACUCCAGAGCCUAGUGUAAAUCAUGAAAAAUUAAGCAAUACAAUGUCCCGUGAAAAGAAUCUAAGAGAAGUUUCCAAAGAUAUCUUCACUCAAGAGCUGGCUGACUUGGAUCCUAUAAACAAUUUUGACGACAUUAUGGAAAAAUGUUUACAAAACACAGAGACAUAUACGUUUUUAGCAAAAAACCUACCAUUUACAGCAAUUGAAAAAUUGUGCAAUCAUAUAUUUAAUUUGGACAACAUAGAUUUAAUUUUCCUUGAACAUUUUUACAAGUUAUUUUUGCUUGAACUUUUUAAAAGAGAUAAUACACAUUUGUGUUUAGAUUUGCUCAUCAAAGCCAAGAAGUAUAUCAAGAUAUUUGAUGAGUUUUUAUACAUAUUUGUUAACGAUCCUGAAAUUCCAAAGCAUUUGCUUCUUGAAUAUGUUUCUACAUUAAACAGUACUGAAAAGUCUGAACUAUUAAAAAAUAUAUGCCAAACAAUAUCUCAAGAUGUUUUCCUACACCAUAUGCAUACAAUUCACACUAUGUAUAAAGAAAGUGAAAAUUCUGAAGAAGUUCAAAAAUGUAUAUUUAAAAAUUUAAAAAAAAUAUCUCCAUUUUGCUUAAAUGAUAAAAAUUUUGGCAAAUUUCUUUUAAAUUUCUUACAAAUGCAAAAGAAUUAUCCAAUAAAUUGUUUAGUUUUAGAUAAAAUUGUAGAGUCACAUAGCUCUGUAUUUAAAAAGCCAUGUGUAAAUGCUUUAAAUGAAAUUAAGAGGUUACAAAAUCUUUCACAAAUG